AUGUCAAGUCCGAAGAUUCCGAGGGUUCUGAUCAUCGCAGGAUCAGACAGUGGAGGAGGUGCUGGCAUUCAAGCAGACAUCAAGGCCUGUCAAGCGUUGGGAGCAUACAGCAUGACGGCCAUCGCAGCUCUCACGGCGCAGAACACGAGAGGAGUGGCAGCUGUAGAGCCUGUUUCCCCCUCGUUUCUCCGCAAGCAGAUCGAAGUUUGUCUGGAGGACAUUGGAGCUGACGUCAUCAAGACCGGCAUGUUGGCCUCUGCCAGCGUCGUGGAAGCAGCUGUAAGUGCGGUCGCGAGGAAGGGGAUCGUGAAGUGGGUUGUCGACCCCGUCAUGGUGGCGACUAGCGGAGACAAGCUCAUCAAUUCAGAGGCCAUUGACAAGAUCAAGAAGCUUCUCUUCCCCCUGGCCGACAUCAUCACCCCCAACCUGCCAGAGGCGAUGGCGCUCCUUAACAGAACGAUCUCCGGAACAGCCGAGGACAUGCUCGAUGCUGCUCGAGAGCUCGCCCAGCUGGGACCCAAGUGGGUCAUGAUCAAGGGAGGCCACGUGGAGGGGAGCCGCAUAAUUCCUGACGUCCUCUACUGCUCUUCCUCCGGUGAGAGCCAUGUCUUCCCUGCCUGGAAGCUUGAUUCAGAGAACACCCACGGGACUGGUUGCACCCUUGCCUCCAGCAUCGCUGCGGGGCUCGCGCAAGGGAUGCGCAUGGUGGAGGCUGUGAAGAGAGCAAAGAUGUUCGUGUGGGACGCGAUCCGGGCGAGCUCGUCGCUUCUGAUUGGAGGCGGCCAUGGACCUCUCCAUCACAGCUACAAGAGUGUCUACAUUCCACAAGGACAAUCCAUCUACCGUGGGCGUUUGGUCGACUACUCGCUCUAUGCUGUCACCGAUGACUCUUGUGUCGCCGGUCAGGGGAUGGAACUUUCGCAUGCAGUCUCCCAAGCAAUUGAGGGAGGAGCAACGAUCAUCCAGCUGCGGCAGAAAGACGUGGACAGUAGAAAAAUGCUUGAGACGGCGAAAAAGCUCAUGGCGAUCUGUCGGGCGGCCAACGUUCCCUUCAUCGUCAACGACCGGGUCGACAUCGCCUUGGCCUGCGACGCGGAUGGCGUGCAUGUGGGACAGGAUGACAUGCCCUGUGAUGAGGUGAGGCGCCUCCUCGGACCCCACAAGAUCGUCGGUGUCAGCGUCAAGACGGGAGAAGAGGCGAUCAAGGCUCAAGAGGACGGAGCAGACUACAUCGGCUCAGGUGCUGUCUACCCGACGAGUACUAAGGACAGCUCAGCCAUAGGUUUGGAGGGCCUCAGCAAGGUGUGUAAGGGCUGUGAUAUUCCAUGUGUCGCCAUCGGCGGGCUCAACGCAAGCAACUGCGGGGAGGCCAUCAGGCUCGUACGUUAUGGCUCCUCCUCCUCCUGA